CUAAAAAACUUUAUUGGGCAACAACUACAUACCAGGCACUGCUCUAAAUAGUAUUUGUGAUAAAGAGAUACAAGAAAUAUGCUCUCAGCCCUCAAGGAACUUGGUUUAGCAGAAGAAACCUAUACAAAUAUUGCCCUACUGUGCCAUACAUAACAGACUCUAUUCUAGCACUAGGUCCUGUGAGGCCCAAAGGAAAGUCAGCUGACUCUACUGGGGUUAGGUCGGGGAAAGUUUCAGAAAGGACCUUCGAACUAAGUCCUGAAGGAUGAGCACAACUUCUCCAGUAAGACAAAGAGGGAAAUGGCAGUGCCCACAAAAGGAACUGCAGGCUGCUGCAACUAUGGAGAGCCAUGAAACAUGGUGUGUUGGGGUCCUCUUCUGUGCAACUGGAACACAAAAUUUGGGUACGAGAGGGGCAAAUUAAGUUGGAGGGACAAACAGGAGUCGACUUAUAGAUUUAACAAGAGGAGUUUAUCCUACAAAAGGAAACCACUGAAAAAUCCUAAUUAGGGUAAUGAUGUAAUGGGUGAACACUUUAGAAAAAUUAGUAGUUUAGGACUCUACGACUCCCAUGAGAGAACUGCUAGCCGGGGAUGCCCCUGGAUUCACUGCCGACUCUUCCCCUUCUCUCAGCCUUGGUCAGCACUGUUUCCCCGCCUGCUGUGCGAUCCCGCCCCACUGGGAGCGCCCCUGUGGUCUGACUUCAGCAGCACUUCCUGGCAGGAGACUGGGCACUCGCUGUCACCAGUGGGCGGCCUCCCUCAACGUGAUCUGAGCAUCCUUCCGGAGACUGACAGACCUGGGCUUCAGCGUUGGACUCUGCCCCUACUUGUGUGACCACUGGGCUUGCCUCAGUUUCCUUCGCUGGAGCAGGAGAAGGCCUGGCUCCCUGGCCAUUACGCGGGUGUGCGUUAAGGGGCAGACGACAGGGGAGAGCCGGCGAGGGGCGGACCCCAGCGCCGGGAGUGACGGGGGCGCGCGCCGCCGCGGGCUCCGCCCGGAGACUCAAGCCGGCGGGCGAGCUGGUGGCCUCUCCCUGCAGCCUGUCGUUGUCAGCGGCGACAUGGUCUUCUGUCUGGAGAACGAGGAGCAGCGCCGCUCGCUGCGAAGCACCAUGGUCCACUUCCAGGCCUCAGAAGUUCAGCAGUUGCUACACAACAAGUUCGUUGUCAUCUUGGGGGACUCGAUCCAGCGGGCUGUGUACAAGGACCUGGUGCUCCUUCUCCAGAAAGACUCACUGCUCACAGCUGCCCAGCUAAAGGCUAAGGGGGAGCUGAGCUUUGAACAGGACCAGCUUGUGGCUGGGGGUCAGCUGGGCGAGCUGCACAACGGGACGCAAUACCGAGAGGUCCGCCAGUUCUGCUCGGGUUCUGGCCACCAUCUUGUGCGCUUCUACUUCCUCACCCGCGUUUAUUCUGAGUACCUCGAGGGCAUCCUGGAGGAGCUGACAUAUGGGCCCGCCCCGGACCUGGUGAUCAUCAACUCCUGCCUCUGGGAUCUCUCCAGGUAUGGCCGCUGCUCAAUGGAGAGCUACCGAGAAAACCUGGAGCGGGUGUUCAUGCGCAUGGACCAGGUGUUGCCAGACUCCUGCCUGCUGGUGUGGAACAUGGCGAUGCCCCUGGGGGAGCGCGUCACUGGGGGUUUUCUUCUGCCUGAGCUCCAGCCCCUGGCAGCCUCUCUGCGGCGGGAUGUGGUUGAAGGGAACUUCUACAGUGCUACUUUGGCUGGGGACCACUACUUCGAUGUCCUGGACCUUCAUUUUCAUUUCCGGCAUGCAGUACGACACCGUCACUGGGAUGGUAUCCACUGGGACCAGCAUGCCCAUCGCCACAUCUCACACUUGCUUCUGACCCAUGUGGCUGACGCCUGGGGUGUGGAACUGCCUAAGCGUAACUACCCCCCUGACCCGUGGAUUGAGGACUGGCCAGAGCCGAAUCAUCUGUUCCAGGGGAGCCAGGGGCAGCCCCCAGACUUCGGGGAGCAGCUGGCCUUGCCCCCACCCCCGCCCUCUCCUUUACCCCCUCCCAUUCCUUUUCCUUACCCACUUCCUCAGCCCUCCCCACCUCCCCUGUUCCCACCCCUGCCCCAGGAUGCCCCCUUUUUCCCAGGCCAGCCCUUCCCACCCCAUGAAUUCUUCAGUUAUAACCCAACGGAAGACUUCUCAAUGCCACCCCACUUAGGAUGUGGCCCUGGAGUGAACUUUGUGCCUGGCCUCCUGCCACCUCCAGUUUCUGGCCCUAUCCCCUAUGGGCAGCACCGGGGCCCAGUGGUCCACCGGGGGAUGCCACGCUGUGUUCCCAGCAGCCCCUACCAUGUGCCAAGGAUGGGGGAACCCUGCAGGCAGCGGCCCAGACACUCAGACAGAUUGAUCCACACAUACAAACUGGACAGACGGCCUCCUGCUCAUUCGGGGACAUGGCCUGGGUAGACUGGAUCUUAGGCUGGGGCUGGAUGUGCCAAUGGCCCUGCAGGGCCUGCUUGCCACCCCAGGUGCUGGGCCAGGGUGUCUGCUAUGCCUGGUAUUGUUCUUGUCCAUUGCUGUCACCAAUAAAGGCAUGGAAGAACAGAGUGGCAUCUUCCUGUGUGAGGGAGUGGGUUUUCCAAACCAUGAUCUUAAGAGUUGGGGAGGCUGCCUCUUGGCUCUUUCCUUUGGGCCUUUCACCUCAUGCUGUUUAGAAAUCACUGAAUGCGUCCUUCCUGCUGUCCAACACACUCAUUUCCACCCUCACCAGAACAUGUGUGCUUAACAAAGAUCUUGGAGGGGUUUGCUGUCGUUAGUGGCUCUUUGGAAUUGAGAAAUAUCAAGUCAAGGGCUGAGUUGAAAUUGUGAACAUUUUUUAUAGAAUUUUAGAUCUGGCUAGUUCUCACCUAUGCUAGUCUCAUGUGUUCAUGUGUACAUUCAACAUUCAUCUUCUGGAGAUAGAAAGACACAUACCUUAUUUUGCAUGGUUUUUGGCUUAUGGCGAACAUUCAAUAAGUGAUUGUAACUAAACAAGAAGCUCCCAAACCCAAGUGGGGGACCAAAUAGAAACCCAUUGUUUAAUAGAUAAAAUAUGCAAUGGGAGCAAAGUGAACACAGGCUAACUUCUUUCGUGGUAAGCGGGUACAGAAGAGGAGGAGUGGAGGGAGGAUUCCAAAGUGGGUAGGGGACUGUGCCAGACUCCAUAAAGAAGUUAAAAGUGUAUGGUCUCGGCUUUGAUAAGUGGUCUUGAUCCUAGGUUUGCGACUACUAAGUAUCAAGGGCAACAUGUGAGCUAAAUGGUGGCAUGGGGUGGAGCAUAGCAGACUGAUAAAUGAUGUGGGGCAUGAAAAUUAGGAAACACAGAAACCCACUAAUAAUCAUCAAAUAGAAUUGGAUGGAAGAGGGAUGUAGAGAUCUUGCAUUAACUUCCCAUACUCGUUAUUGAAAUUUCACCUUGGCAAAAGAUAUAAAAUCUCACAAACAAAUAGAAAUAGAUGAGAAAACUGUUGAUCCUUAUUGGCAGUCUAAGUGGAAAUGAAGCUGCUAAAUCAGCACACACUGGUACUGGGGAAACUGGUACAGUUAAUAAUAAGGCCCUAAUUUAGAGAGCCAUCUCAACAGGACAGUUGAGAAUCAGGCACCAACACAGCACCUAAAACAAGCAUGGUUUUCUUCUGGUACAGACAAAAAGUGGAAGGGAAUGUACAAAAAUGAAAGAAAGCUUUGUGUUAGGAAGAUAAGAUUUUAGGUAAUUUUUUGCAAAAAUUAUUAUUUUUUUCUUUUUGUUAACAAAAAUCUAUCCUUGGAGCAGACUUCAUCAGCUGCAUCUAGUUUGCCCAAUCCCUUGUUUUCUUUCUGCCUUUCUUCCAAACCCUAUUUUUUGUCAGGAUAUUUUAUACCUCUGAUUCUGGGGCUUUCAGUGUUGCUGGAGAAAACUUCACCUGGACUGAUUUACCGAAAAAAGUAAUAUGAGUUACCCAGCCUCAUGGGGCCCCUCUGUUGCUUGCCAUCUGUUCUCUGAUAAUUCUAUCACCUUCCCUAUUGAGCCUUUCCCAGGCUUUUCACUCCCUUCAAACCCCAUCCCAAUUCUGGGACUCUCACUCUAAGUACCUUGAGACUGCAUAUGCUCUAAAUCCCCAUCAUUCUACCUCUGUAUUUCCAAUUUCUACCCCAUCUUGCUGUGUGGCUCCCAUUGCCCACAGUGAGGUUUCACAACCUUUUCUUUAGCAUCCAAACGUAGAUUUGAAAUCUAUUGAAUGAUGAUAAAUUAUUUUUGGUUUGUUGUCAAAUAACCAUACAGUACAAGACAUUUGACGCCUCUGUAGUAGGUUGUAUUCAGCCGUGACUGGGAAAUUUUUAACAGUAGCCACAUACAAGUCAUUACAUGCUUUUAAAUUGUUUCCUGGCCUUUGUUUUGAGUUGUAGAAAUGAUGAAAAUCUUAUGUUUCUCCAGUAUGUAGGCACACUGUCUACUAGUUAAGCGUGACAGACUCAAACUUCAUUGUCUCAAAAACUAUUAAUAUUUAACCAUUGACAAAUCAUUUAAUAAGACAAUCUUACAUAGUCUCUCUCAUUCACAGAAUCUUGGUUUUUAAAGAAUGGCUCCAGUGUCCUUUCCUUUGCUAUACCAAGGUAUUCCUGAAAGGAGUGAAAGAUGCAUGAGCACUUCAGAUAUGACACCAGCCUUUAUUUGGUGGGAGUAGGGGAGGGAAGUUUUUAAAGAAAAUUAGUGGAAUUUUUUUCAAACCAUUUCAACCAAACUGGAAAUUUCCUAACAAAAGCAGGUAACUUGCCUUUAUUCAGUUCCUUGCAUAGAUUGUGUGUUGAGUUUAAGUACUUAGUGUUUAAGUACAUCUACUAUGUAUGUUGGUGAAAGAGAAACUUUCUGAUUGUAAGGAAAUAUAGUACAUACUGACAUAAAACAUGCUUCGUUGAGGUAUAA